GGCGGGGCCGGCCGCGGGAGCCGCCGGGCCGGCGGGGAGAGGCCGCAGGGCAUGCCAGCCGCCUGCCCCGAUGUUUCACUGGAGCAAGUGGAAGAAGAGGAUGGGAGCGAGCGCCUCCUCCUCCAAGAGACCCGUCUUCGACGAGCGAGAGGACGUGAACUUUGACCACUUCCAGAUUCUCCGGGCCAUUGGGAAGGGAAGCUUUGGCAAGGUGUGCAUCGUGCAGAAGAGGGACACGGAGAAGAUGUACGCCAUGAAGUACAUGAACAAGCAGCAGUGCAUCGAGAGGGACGAGGUACGCAACGUGUUCCGAGAGCUGGAGAUUCUGCAGGAGAUCGAGCACGUGUUCCUGGUGAAUCUCUGGUAUUCCUUCCAGGACGAGGAGGACAUGUUCAUGGUGGUGGACCUGCUCCUGGGAGGUGACCUGCGCUACCACCUGCAGCAGAACGUGCAGUUCACUGAGGAGACAGUCAAACUCUACAUCUGUGAGAUGGCGCUGGCCCUCGACUACCUGCGGAGCCAGCACAUCAUCCACAGAGAUGUAAAACCAGACAAUAUCCUCCUCGAUGAACAAGGUCAUGCCCAUUUAACAGAUUUUAAUAUUGCAACCAUCAUUAGGGACGGGGAAAGAGCGACAGCAUUGGCUGGGACAAAGCCAUACAUGGCCCCGGAGAUUUUCCAUUCCUUCCUGAGCGGCGGGACGGGCUAUUCCUUCGAGGUGGACUGGUGGUCCCUGGGAAUCAUGGCCUACGAGCUGCUGCGGGGCUGGAGGCCGUAUGACAUCCACUCCAACAACCCCGUGGAGUCCCUGGUGCAGCUCUUCAGCACCGUCAGCGUCCAGUACUCCUCAGCCUGGUCCAAGGAAAUGGUCGCGCUGCUGAGGAAGCUGCUGACAGUGAAUCCUGAGCAUCGCUUCUCCUGCCUGGCGCACAUCCAGGCCUCGGCUCAGCUGUCAGGCGUGGUGUGGAGCGACGUGAGCGAGAAGCGUGUGGAGCCAGCCUUCGUCCCCAACAAGGGCCGCCUGCACUGCGACCCCACCUUCGAACUGGAGGAGAUGAUUCUGGAGUCAAGGCCCCUGCACAAGAAGAAGAAGAGGCUCGCAAAGAACAAGUCAAGGGAUAACAGCAAAGACAGCUCUCAGUCUGAAAAUGACUAUCUCCAGGAAUGCCUUGAAGCUAUCCAGCAGGACUUUGUCAUCUUCAACAGAGAGAAGCUAAAGAAGAGCCAAGAGCAGCCCAGCGAGUCCGUGUCUGCCUCUGAGACCACUGAGGAGGCCGAGGCCGAGGCCGAGCCCCUGCACAUGUGCAGCUCCGUGUGCUCCUCGGGCAGCAGCUAGGCCAGGGCCAGCCCGCCCACCCUCACCUGCCCUCAGGUGCGCUGAGCACCCGAGCCCGCCCCGCUGCCCCCGGACAGCACCGGCAGCUCCCCCUGAGAGCUGGAGGGAGCCAGAUUCAUUCCCACAGGACUGCCCUGGGCCAUGGAUGGCCAGCCCAGCUCCCCCUGAGAGCUGGAGGGAGCCAGAUUCAUUCCCACAGGACUGCCCUGGGCCAUGGAUGGCCAGCCCAGCUCCCCCUGAGAGCUGGAGGGAGCCAGAUUCCCACAGGACUGCCCCGGGCCAUGGAUGGCCAGCCCCGAACCAUGGCUGCCUGUCGGGGAAGAUACAGGCUAUGCAACGUGUCAGGGGAGGAGAUCAACUUACUUAGUCUUUCUGUUUUAAUGUCAGGUUGCUGAUCUACACGUUUUUAAUGCAGUGAGAGGACAGGGAACGAAGCCAUGUCCUUGGGCCCCACGGGGAGAGACAAGGAGCAGGGAGACACGGAGCAGGGAGGAAGGCCAAAGAGUGGUGUUUGGGCUUGACUUUGUCACUCCGUGUUCACAAAUGCUGCUCUGGGGAUGGGCAAUCCCUGUGCAAACCAGAGCAGCCCCGGGGCUCUCUGGCACCAGCUCCUGGGAGCCUCCAGCUGCUUGGGUCCUGCAGCACAAGGGUGUCCCAGGCACCUUGUCCCUGUGUCACCUGUCAGUUCCUUUCCCGAUUCAAGGCAAAUAAAUGUUUUGUGUGCACUCCAUGGAUUCUUCAGGGGCUGGGUAAUGGUUCAAUGCAUAUUUGAGAUGCAGAAGGCAUUUAAAAUGUUUUCCUCCUUGACGUGGCUGCUGCAGGCAGUAAGGAGCUGUGGGAUGGGUUGGAGGGUCUGCCUCCAUGUGCCCAGGCUCAGAGGACACCGUUUAUCACAGGCUGAGGUUUUGUUGGAGGCAGAGUGGGAGGCCUUGCAAGGCUGCUUGGUUAUGAAAGACAGGAAUAUUGUAUUUCACCCUUCGAUUUACUUUAUUUUCAGUGUAAAGUACAAGUACUGUAUAUAAUUUGCCAAUACCUGUCUUAACUUCUUAAUAAGACGGGAAAUCUUCCCUUGCUCCAGCUGUGGGUGUUGCCUUUCUUGUUGCAGGGGCCUUCACUGUACUGGUUGUUGAACAACCCCUGCUGCAGAGGGGUUUUUGGUUGCUGUGAACCCGAGCCCACACGACUGCUCCAGGUGCACGGUGGGACCACAGUCACCAUCAGCCAUCAGCAGUGUCUGCUGCCAGACACUGGCAGGCUGCAGUGUUUGCAUCCCUGCUGGGCAUUCCUAGUGCAGAAAUGGAUGGGAGAUGUUUCACAGAUCGGAUUCUGUCAGGACCAGUUUUGCUGUGGUUUUUGUUUCCAUGAACAAACCAGAAAGGCAGAAUGGUACAAAAUGAUCUUCCACAGGCAAGGGCACAGCAUGUGUGUCUCCCACAGUUUUAUGUGGGAAUCAGUGUGUGGCUGCACUUGUGCAGAGAUGUGUUUUCAUGGAAGUCUUUAGGGGUGUGCAGGAGGAGGGGAGCUGCAGCUCUGUGUCCAGUUGCAUGGUUACUUUCAGGGCAGAGCCAGGAGAUUCUGUCAGGCCCGGGGUCCCUGGUGUCAGCCAUGGGUCCUGCACACCCCAUGCCUCGUUAGGAGCUGUGUUAAUGAUGGCUCAGGGGCUGUGGUCAGUCAUUGAGUGAGUGCUGAAAUCACUGUGUCCUCCUGCUCAUUCUCCCAGCUACAGGAGGGCACCUACCCUGGCUCUGAUCCCAAGCUGUGCUGGGGAACCUGCCCUCUCUGCCCCCAGUAACUUCCAGUCUCUUUACUGGGUACCAGGGAGGCCUAAUUACCUUGUCUCACCUGUCAGAGCUCACCUUUGUGUGCAGGCCUCGUGCUCUGGUCCCUUUGCUGUGCUGAGCAGCCCCUGCUCCCCUGCUCUCCCUGGUCCUCUCCCCGUGGCUCUGUGCUCACCUUGUGUCUCCAUCCCACAUCUCUCAGCUGGAACCCCAGCUCUAUCCUGGCACAGCAGAUGAGGCUCAAGCCCUGUAUUUAUUCAGGAGUUAUGAAUUACAGGUGAUUUACUCUAGCAGUGUGGGUAGGAUUUUACAGUGAAUUCCGUUGCGCUAUUUAGAAACUUCCUGUAAAUAACACCAAAAUUUUGGACUAUUGGAAUGAUGAGGAGUGGUGCUUUUUUGACCAAACCAUCCCACAGAUGAGUGAUGAAGAUCCAUCCUCUUCAGCCAGAAGCUCCCAGGCCAGGAGAGGUGUUGGCAGUUACAUGGGUAAUGGA